AUGAGGACAGAAGCACACGAGGAAGAUCAAGAAGAAACAAUUAUAUUCAUCUCUCUCAGGUCUAGGGAAGAAGAGGUCGAAAGACUGAGUGUGAACAGUGAGGAAGUUCAUAGGGAACUCGAACAUAAAGAUGCUCUGAUCCAGAAGCUGGAGUCGGACUUCUCUAUUGCCAAAGAAGAAGCAAGAAAGUCGGAAGAUAUACUCAGGUCUAGGGAAGAAGAGGUCGAAAGACUGAGUGUGAACAGUGAGGAAGUUCAUAGGGAACUCGAACAUAAAGAUGCUCUGAUCCAGAAGCUGGAGUCGGACUUUUCUAUUGCCAAAAAAGAAGCAAGAAAGUCGGAAGAUAUACUCAGGUCUAGGGAAGAAGAGGUCGAAAGACUGGGUGUGAACAGUGAGGAAGUUCAUAGGGAACUCGAACAUAAAGAUGCUCUGAUCCAGAAGCUGGAGUGGGACUUUUCUAUUGCCAAAGAAGAAGCAAGAAAGUCGGAAGAUAUACUCAGGUCUAGGGAAGAAGAGGUCGAAAGACUGAGUGUGAACAGUGAGGAAGUUCAUAGGGAACUCGAACAUAAAGAUGCUCUGAUCCAGAAGCUGGAGUGGGACUUUUCUAUUGCCAAAGAAGAAGCAAGAAAGUCGGAAGAUAUACUCAGGUCUAGGGAAGAAGAGGUCGAAAGACUGGGUGUGAACAGUGAGGAAGUUCAUAGGGAACUCGAACAUAAAGAUGCUCUGAUCCAGAAGCUGGAGUGGGACUUUUCUAUUGCCAAAGAAGAAGCAAGAAAGUCGGAAGAUAUACUCAGGUCUAGGGAAGAAGAGGUCGAAAGACUGAGUGUGAACAGUGAGGAAGUUCAUAGGGAACUCGAACAUAAAGAUGCUCUGAUCCAGAAGCUGGAGUGGGACUUUUCUAUUGCCAAAGAAGAAGCAAGAAAGUCGGAAGAUAUACUCAGGUCUAGGGAAGAAGAGGUCGAAAGACUGGGUGUGAACAGUGAGGAAGUUCAUAGGGAACUCGAACAUAAAGAUGCUCUGAUCCAGAAGCUGGAGUGGGACUUUUCUAUUGCCAAAGAAGAAGCAAGAAAGUCGGAAGAUAUACUCAGGUCUAGGGAAGAAGAGGUCGAAAGACUGGGUGUGAACAGUGAGGAAGUUCAUAGGGAACUCGAACAUAAAGAUGCUCUGAUCCAGAAGCUGGAGUGGGACUUUUCUAUUGCCAAAGAAGAAGCAAGAAAGUCGGAAGAUAUACUCAGGUCUAGGGAAGAAGAGGUCGAAAGACUGAGUGUGAACAGUGAGGAAGUUCAUAGGGAACUCGAACAUAAAGAUGCUCUGAUCCAGAAGCUGGAGUCGGACUUCUCUAUUGCCAAAGAAGAAGCAAGAAAGUCGGAAGAUAUACUCAGGUCUAGGGAAGAAGAGGUCGAAAGACUGAGUGUGAACAGUGAGGAAGUUCAUAGGGAACUCGAACAUAAAGAUGCUCUGAUCCAGAAGCUGGAGUCGGACUUCUCUAUUGCCAAAGAAGAAGCAAGAAAGUCGGAAGAUAUACUCAGGUCUAGGGAAGAAGAGGUCGAAAGACUGAGUGUGAACAGUGAGGAAGUUCAUAGGGAACUCGAACAUAAAGAUGCUUUGAUCAAGAGACUGGAAUCUGACUUCUCUAUUGCCAAUUAUAUACUGAUGUCUAGGGAAGAAGAGUUUCAAAGACUGUUUCUGACCACAGCGGAAAUUUAUAGGGAACUGGAACAUAAAGAGGCCCAAGUACAGAGGAUAGUGUCUGACUUCUCUAAAGCCGAAGAAGAAAGAAGAAAGUCUCAAGAUAUAGUUGAUGCAUAUAUUCAAAAGAUUAAAUCCGAGACGUCAAUAAUAAGAAGGCAGGCGGCAGAGGAAAUAGAGAAUAUAAAAAAACAUUUUUUUGAAGUACAAAAAGAGACUGUAAAGAAUAUGAAGGCUGAGGAAGAGAGACAAACGCUAAUAUUGGAAAUGAAUAAAAGCCUCUUCCAGACUUCCCUAAAAGAAAAAGAUAUAAGAAAUGCAGCUAUUAUAAGUCAAAUGACUGAAGAUUUGAAUAAACAGAAGCAAGCAGAAGGAAAGAAAUUAGAGAAAGUUGUUGCCAGACAAGAGAAGAUAAUGACACGAUCUAAAACAAAGAAGCAAGCAGAAGGAAAGAAAUUAGAGAAAGUUGUUGCCAGACAAGAGAAGAUAAUGACACGAUCUAAAACAAAGAAGCAAGCAGAAGGAAAGAAAUUAGAGAAAGUUGUUGCCAGACAAGAGAAGAUAAUGACACGAUCUAAAACAAAGAACCAAGCCGAAGGCAAGAAAUUAGAGAAAGUUGUUGCCAGACAAGAGAAGAUAAUGACACGAUCUAAAACAAAGAACCAAGCCGAAGGCAAGAAAUUAGAGAAAGUUGUUGCCAGACAAGAGAAGAUCAUGACCAGAUCUAAAACAAAGAUGCAGAUUAAAAAGUUGAUGAAAGACCAGAAAAACAACAAAGGAACUUACUGCAGGUUAGAAAGAAUUUUUGCUGAUGGAGAAUUUGUAAAAUGGAGUCGUGAUCCUUUAUGUCUGGAGUAAUAUGGUAAAACAUGCAGAAGUCAUCAGAAGAACAAUACAUGCUGUCAAUCUAGAUCCUGCUGCUGAACAUUUACCGUUUGUUUAUGUGUUACAUUUUUGUUUUAGUUGUCUGUUGUUUAUGUGUUAUAUAUUUGUUUUUAGUUGUUUAUGUGUUAUAUAUUUGUUUUCAGUUGUCGGUUGUUUAUGUGUUAUGUAUUUGUUUUUGGUUGUCGGUUGUUUAUGUGUUAUGUAUUUGUUUUUGGUUGUCGGUUGUUUAUGUGUUACGUAUUUGUUUUUGGUUGUCGGUUGUUUAUGUGUUACAGAUUUGUUUUUAGUUGUCGUUUGUUUAUGUGUUACAUAUUUGUUUUUAGUUGUCCUUUGUUUAUGUGUUACAUAUUUGUCGUUUGUUUAUGUGUUACAUAUUUGUUUUUGGUUGUCGGUUGUUUAUGUGUUACAUAUUUGUUUUUAGUUGUCGUUUGUUUAUGUGUUACAUAUUUGUUUUUGGUUGUCGGUUGUUUAUGUGUUACAUAUUUGUUUUUAGUUGUCGUUUGUUUAUGUGUUACAUAUUUGUAUUUAGUUGUCCUUUGUUUAUGUGUUACGUAUUUGUUUUUAGUUGUCGUUUGUGUAUGUGUUACAUAUUGUUUUUGGUUGUCGUUUGUUUAUGUGUUACAUAUUUGUUUUUGGUUGUCGGUUGUUUAUGUGUUACAUAUUUGUUUUUAGUUGUCCUUUGUUUAUGUGUUACAUAUUUGUUUUUAGUUGUCGUUUGUUUAUGACGUUACAUAUUUGUUUUUAGUUCAUUUUUUUUUUCUUUUUUAAUUUGAUUUGAUUGAUCUUUAAGCUCAGUUGGAUAGAAAAAUGUCUAAAUUUUGCUAAAUUCGUUCAGCCAUAGCCGAACCAUUGCACACAAUUAACAUUUGCCUGCAGCUCUUCAAUGUUACAUACUCGAAAGGAUAUACCAUAAAACACAUUUCAUAUUGUGUAAAAAUAAUUUAUGCAUUUUAAAUGCUUCUGGUCACUACUUCCUAAAGCACUAGCCAAAAAUCCUGUUAUACUGCUUGACAGUAGAGCCAGGCAGAAUACGUCAAAAGAUAUUUGUUCAUUGGGUAGCUUUGAUAUUCUAAAAUAUUAAUUUCAUGUUCUUGCAAGAUGUUGUACUCAGUAAAAACAAGUUUUAAGACGACGAACCUAAUUUGAUUGAUUUAUGUUGAAAAUCAUUGUAUAACUGAUUUUUUGUUCAGUUGGAUUAUCGGUAUAUAUUUCUCCAGAUAGAAUUUUCUGUUACCCUAACUAAAUGAAAAUUUUACUAUGCUUUUUUUCAAAAAUAUAAUAAAGAGUAUGGGUCACUGUUUUUUUUAAGCUACAAGUCAUGCACAAUUGCACAAAUUUGCAUACAUUAUUCUUGAAAACACACAUCUUUUUAAUAAGUCUUAAAGAAUUUUUAGAUAAA